CCUCAUGUCGGCGAUAACCUGAACUGUAAAAUGUCUCAAAUGACAUAUCUUUGACCUCUUUUUCUGUUUUCGUGCAUAUCCGCCGUUCUCUCGUUUAGCCUUUUUCUCACACAAGUCACUGUUUUUGUGCUUUUGUCAAAUUACACAAAAAAUAGCAUAAAUAGACCGGCCUACCUUUUAUUUUGUAUUUUUUACCACAUUUUUUUAUAUUUCUCUUUCCGAUAGUGAUUUGGUACCCUCAUCUCUUUCACAAUAGAAUCACAUCAUCAUAUGCAUCGUUGCAUACUCCGUCAUUCAUGGAUUAUAUGAAUCAUCAAAUCGAUCCUUCCUCUGAAUACAUGCUAUCAAUGUCAUGCUUGCACUCACAGUGGCCGCUCAAUGAUUACGAAGAAAACUGCAUGACAACUGCGACGAUCCACAGACCUUCCAUUUCCACCUCUUCCUCCACCUCAUCUACAACCAGUAUCAUGUCAUCUUGCGCCGACUCUGUCAGUUCCAACCCCACUUCGAUAUACUCUCAAGCCGCAGAAGAACUUCCCCAUGGUCUUGGAUGGCGAUCUGUAAAACAGUAUCGUUCCACUGUUCUGCGCUGCGAUACUUGCCAAAGGAGGUUUCAUUCUCUGGGUAAUUUGGCAAAUCAUCAGCAAUUAUACCUUCACUGAGUGAAAAGAAGAAACAGAAAAACUAUCACAUCAUACUCUGCAUUGCCUCUCACCCUUGUAAAUAGUCAGUUUCAUCUUGCAAUAUUUUA